AGGAAAUUUAAUAGAGUAACGACUUAACGUGUAAAAUCUUUGGAUUAAUCUUUAAGUGAACCUAAUGGCUUUUGGAAGUACCUUAUCAUGCACUGUACAAAAGUAUUUGAAUCUGCAUUCAUUCAGUGCACCUGAACCGUUUUCUAAUCACAAUAAGUCAGAGAGGAGUCAUCAAGUUAUCAGUGAUAAAUUAUCUCUAAAGAAUUGCAAAUUGGAAGAAUCAGAAGACUUGUGCCGUGUCGCGUUCCCCGUCUAUAUUAACGAGUACGGAAGACAUCUGAAUUUUAUUGCAUCUGUUAUUCAAAAUCAACCCUCUAAACAAAGCGCCAUUUUCAUAUUUAUUCGAUCACAAAAUUCAGACUCGAAUCAAAUAGGUCUGAUAUUACGUGAUAUAAUUCUGUUGAACGAUGAAUUCAGCUGUGAGGUAGAUGAACCUGAUCACAUAUAUGUAACUGGUAGACGAUGGUUAUUCAAUCAUAAUCCUCAAAAUAAUUUAUUAAUACAUGAAAAUUUGAAUCCUAUAAAUAAAAGUCAACAUAAUGUAUCAUUAAAGAAUAAUCAUAAUAAUAAUAAUAAUAAUAAUAAUAUAAAUUAUGAUAAUGAAUCUAUUUUGAUUGGUCAUAUAGAUUCAUUAAAACAUUUUAAUGAUAAUCAAAUGAAAGUAGACAAUGGGAAAUCACAAUGUCGUAUAAAUAAUACUUAUGGAUCAUCACAAUUUAUAAGUUUAUUAUUGGAAUUUUUCAAUAUUGAUGAUACAUUAGAAUUUUAUGAAUUGCUUAUUCAAUAUUCUAUAAAACAAUCAAAUUGUUUAUCUGUACCAGAAUUAACAAUUAUGUCAAAGAAUCAAAUACAUUUCUAUUUAAAUAAUGAUAUAAUAUCAUUAUCUAAUAAUUCACAACAACAAUUUCAUUGGUUGAAUAAAUAUCUAGAUAAAGAUUCAUUCGAAUUGGCUCCAAACUUACAGGAUUCUAGCAGUUUACUUGUUUCUGAUUCAAGUAGUAUCAAUGAAAAUAGAUAUGAUUAUUUGAAACCUGCAUCUACAUGUGUUAAAACAAAUAGUUGUCCAAGUUUAGACAAUUCUAAAUUAUCUGCUCAAAGCAAAUAUACUAAAGUAAAGAGAAAAGUGUCUAGACGACUAGUUAAAAUACGUCGUUGUCAAUCUUCUGUAUUCCCGCCGUCAAUAAAAAAACUGGAAUCAAAGCCUCCAAAACCGAUGAAAAAGAAUUCAUUAGCUGUAUCACAAAACAGUUUGAAUUACUCCUCAGACAGUUUAGCAGAAACAGGUUUGACUUCAACACAUAGUUUUUCCGAUCUACGUUUCACAAAUGAUUCAUGGAAUAAAUGUAGAUAUACUAAACCAAAGAAUAACAUUCUGUCGAAUUCAACUAUUAAUUAUCCUAAAAAUAAAAAGAUUAGUAUAUUUAUUGGAACAUGGAAUGUGAAUGGUCGUAAUGGCAGUAAUUUAAAUUUAGAUGACUGGCUUGUACCUCCUGAAGGUCAACCACCAGCUGAUAUGUAUGUUCUUGGAUUACAAGAGUUGGAUUUAAGACUUAAAGUAAUUACUCUCAAUAAGACUAGUUCAUCAGGACCAGAGGAUUUAUGGAUUCAACAAAUAGAAGAAGCGUUAGGUGGUUUAUUGAAACCACCUAGUUCUAAGUGUAAUGUAGUUUUUCAAAAUGAAACUGAAUCAACUAAAAGUUUUGCAGCUCAUUGGUUUCAGUACACCGGUGGAGGCUAUAUACGCAUUAGACGUGUUCGUCUAGCUGGUAUCAUGAUGAUUGUGUAUAUCUCAGCCAAAUUAUCCAUUCAUUUACGUCAUGAUGAAAUCUCUCAACAUAUUGUUCCAACUGGUGUUUUAAAUGUAAUGGGUAAUAAAGGUGGUGUAUGUCUUAGACUAACUAUAUUUAAUACUUCAUUAUGUUUUGUAAAUUGUCAUUUGGCUGCUGGCAAAGAAAAAAUUGAUCGUCGUAAUCAAGAUUUUAAAGAAAUUGUACGUAAAAUGUCAUUAUUAUUCCCUAUAAAUCCUAAGCGUUUUCCAUUUCCUAUGAAAAAAUCUUAUUUUUCAAUCCAUGAUGUAAUUUUUGUAUUUGGAGAUUUGAAUUAUCGAAUAACCGGUUUGGAUUCAGAUAAUGUCAGGAGAUUAAUUCGGCAAAACAAUUACGUCAGUCUACUUAAGAAUGACGAGUUAUCAAGAGAAAUGAACAGUAGAAAGAUAUUUCAAGGUUUUCGAGAACAUAAAAUUACUUUCCCGCCAACAUAUAAAUUCGAUAUUAAUUGUCAGACAUAUGAUUCAAGUGAAAAAUAUCGUAUUCCUGCCUAUUGUGAUCGAAUUAUUUGGUUUGGUCGAGGUUGUACACCAACUGUUUACAGAUCACAUCCAAAUUAUAUAUGCAGUGACCAUAAACCUAUAUCAGGUUAUUUCUUAGUUGAAAUAUAUUAG